AUGAAAAUUGACACUCCUAUACCUGAGACGUCGAAAAAUGAUGAAAAGCUUCUAAAAAUACCAACUCUACUCUCAAUCAUCAGCGAAAAACCCGCGAUUUCGGCGAGCUUCUUAUUUCAGCGAACUGAAGAUGGUUUAAAACACUGCGCACUCAAUACUGGUAUUCCAUCAGAUGUUUACAAACGCGUUCUCAGAAUGAUUAUGGUGGAAAAAUGCGCAAAGGUUACUCAUGACUAUAAACCUUCUCUUAUAAGAUUAAGAUGA